AUGUCACCAUCUAGAGCAGGAUUCUGCCCUCUACUGCUACUUCUGCUGCUGGAGCUGUGGGUGGCCAAGGUCCCAGUCAGUGCCAAACCCAAACACAUGACCUCAGCUCAGUGGUUUGACACUCAGCACGUGCAGCCCAGCCCCCAGGGAUGCAAAAGGGCGAUGGGCAACAUCAACAAGCACACAAAACACUGCAAGAGCCUCAAUACCUUCCUGCAUGAAUCCUUCUCCAGUGUGGCUGCCACCUGCCAGACCCCCAUCACGGUCUGCAAGAAUGGCCAUAAAAAUUGCCACCAGAGCAAAGGGCCUGUGUCUUUGACGGAGUGUGAGCUCACCUCAGGGAAGUACCCAAACUGCAGGUACAAAGAGAAGAAACUUCACGCUCAUUACAUUAUAGCCUGUGACCCUCCCCAGCAAGGGGACUCUGGAAAAUUCCACCUGGUUCCUGUGCACUUGGACAAAGUCUUUUCGGUUUCCAGCCUUCUUCACUCUCGGGCUGGGCUUUAA